AUGCUCAAAGACCGCUGUCACUACCGGGGUUCGAUGCCAUACUGGGACUGGUCUCUCGACUGGAUGAAUCUGGCCAACUCAUCCAUCUGGGACCACGCCACGGGGUUCGGCGGCGACGGCGACAAGGACGGACCCGAGACGGUGGGCGAGGGCCGGUGCGUGACAGAUGGGCCGUUUACAGAGUUGCGGCCGGCUAUUUACAACCACACGCGCAAGGUGCACUGCCUAUCACGAGGCUUUCGCGACGGCGACAUCAAGGGCCGCCUCUCUGGGGAGAAGUUCAGUCCCGAGAAUGUCGGGAGCAUCCUGCGGCUGGGAAACUACACCGACUUUCUGCAGCGGGUGGAAAGGGACCUGCACAACACGCUGCACACGUCCAUCAACGGAGACUUCAAGGCCAUGACUGCCGCGAACGACCCCCUCUUCUUCUUGCAUCACGCCAACCUGGAUCGUCUGUGGUGGCGGUGGCAGCGGGAAAACCCGAGCGUGAGGCUGUUUGAAUACUCGGGACGGCACAUGUAUAACUCGACGGGGCCUGCGAGCGAUGGCGAUGUGUUGAUGUACGGCGGGUUCACAAACGACCUGCCCGUCCGCGAGGUGAUGAGCACCGAGGGACGUCAGCUUUGCUACACAUACUAG